AUGAGCUCGGCGUUCGGUUUUAUAAGCGGUUUGCUCGACCGCGCGACGUCCGCCAAGGAUGAGACGAAGAACGAGAGCGAACCCAUGAAUGCGUCGACAUCGACGUACGGGAGCGAGGAGGCGGACGCGUCGACGCCGAAGGAGGCGCGCUCGUUCUUCUCGUGGGCCGCGUGGAACGACGACGAGCACUUGGACGCGGCGUCGCGGAUCCAUUAUCUUGAGAACGCCAAAUACUUGUUGAUGACGCUUGUUGUGUGGCAGCACGCGUUGGAAGACUUUCUAAAUACCGCCGUUAUGAUAAAUGCGGAGACUUUAAGUGUUCGAAAGACGAAGAUGGAUGUGUUGGAACCAUCGCUUCCAUGGAUUCGAGCGCUGUAUUUGACGCUGGGAGCAUUUGCGAUGCCUCUGUUCACCGCCAUUGUCGGGUUUCAGAGCAAAUCUUGGUUGGACAUUGCGCGUGAGCACGAUUUAAAAGCUGCGGGAAUGCUCUCGCGCGUGAGAAAGUCCACGGGGGCUCUCAUAGGGGCGUGGGUGUUGUGGCAAGCCAUCUACAUCGCCACCGAGUACGUCGACGUUCGGCCGCUGCAGUGGUGGGCGCCUCUCAACGUCACUUGGUUCUUGCUCGCGCUGUGGAUUUGGCGAAAUAGUAUCUUAUUGAUCGGCGGUAUGAAGGACGGGAUAAUUUACGGGCUGGUGUGCGGGUUAGCCAUCGCUGUCGGCUUCACGGAUACGCCAACGAUGAAGAAUGGUCACACCUUUUUAGAUUGGCAGCGCGUGUGCACGUUUGCUCUCUACUUUUACGUCGGCGCCGUGUUCGUGAAACGUGAGCACUUCGAUAGAGUGACAACGUUUAUAGGUAAUUCUUCCGUUCGCAUCACCACCGGAAUCAUGGGCUUGGGUCUCGUGUACGGUGGCUUCAUGCUGUCCGACUAUCUCGGCGAACCGUUCGAAGAGGUGAGCGAGUGGUUAUUCACCCAGAAACCGUACGGCUUCACGAACUGGUACCAUCCGAUCCUCGAGUGCCUGUGGCGAAUUCUUCUCUUCGUCGGAGUCGCAUUCUGCUCCGUGGCAUUCAUGUGCCUUGUCCCACGAGGGGAGUACUUUUUCACCGAGCUCGGUUCUCGCACGCUCACUACGUACCUGCUGCACCGAGUCUUCAUCACGCUCUACUUUGACGUGAUGAGUUCGAUGUGGGACGACGACGAUAUCGACGUCGUGAGUCAAAUCGUCAUCGGUGUCUUCGUUCUGCCACUCAUAGUCUCUCAGGUCACGCUCUCGCGUCCAGUGACGCAGUUCGUGGCUCCGCUCAUCGAUCCCGCCUCGCGCGUCGCCGGUUUCGCUCCGUGGUUAUUUCACACCGAAAUGGACACGUUGGCCGACCGUGAACGCGAUGCUCGGGAGGCAGCCAUCUUAGCCCGUCCGUUGACUGAUUCUGAGACAGAGGACGACGACGAAGCGCGCGAUGACGACGAAACGCCCGCCCCAGCCGCCGAGGGUGUUCGAUUUUAG